CUUCAAUUUUCAAGGAUGAAUGGACCCAAAAGCUUUAAAAAUCGCCGACUUACUUUAACUGAAAGAAAUCUCUGUGUGUGGCUAAGAGGUAUGUCGUCUAAAAUAGUUUUAUUUGAAAGUACAGCACAAGAACUAGAAAAGCAGGAACUCGAGGGUGCCAAUGGCUUGGCAUUAGGAGAUUUGCAUUGCCAGUUACUUAGCAUAUACUUGUGCAAUUUUGACUUAUGCCAUGCCAAAUUUCUCUGGAAACGAAUCUCAAAUGAAGAGAAAACCUCAUUUCCAUUGCUUGGGCAAAUUUGGGAAGUUGGUAAAAAAUUAUGGAUGAAAGAGCACAAUGCAGUGUUUAACCUUCUUAGAAAUACGAAAUGGCCUCCUUCUGUUGAACCGUACAUGACGUCUCUUGAAGAAAAUCUUCGACAAAAGUCACUGCAGCUCAUAGGAAAAGCAUAUCUUUCCAUAACUUCAACUACAUUUGCAGACUUGGUUGGUUAUGUAGACCAUCCAGAAAAUGCAGAAAAACUACUUGCUAAGUUACAAGCAGAACAAGGAUGGACGUGCGAUCCGGCCUCCCAGUUAAUUAUACCUAAACGACCGACACCUGCAAAUAUCCCAUUGAUGCGAAAUGAAGAGCAAUUGCAGAGUCUUACUCAAUUCGUCUCCUUCUUGGAAAAUUGAAUAGCAUAACAUUUUUGUUUAUACCCAAGGAAAUAAACUUGAUUAAUAAGAUAAAA